UGCUGCUCCGUGACACACAGGCAGCUCAAUCCGGACCAGUGGUGGCAGAAAUGUAAUGAUGGAUUAGAAAAUUAUGUGCCUCGGCUGUCAUCAUCAUGUUUCCCGGAGUUUUCUAUGCACUGCUGGCGGGUUUCCUGGGCGCCGUGGCGUCGUCGUCGGCCAAGCUGUCCCUCGGAGCCGACUACCUGAAGGGGGUUUGUGAAACCGGACUCCGGACGUGGGGAGAGCAGCGGAAAUUUAGACAAGCUGACGAAACUACCGCCUGUGACUGGCUCCACAUCCCUCUGAGGCUGCUCUGUGGCGGGCUGCUCUUCACCUGCAAUGCUGUGAUGUGGACCUUCCUCGCCAAGGCGCUCAGGUACUCCUCUUCCUCCACCCGAGCCACUGUGACUACCACCGCCUCCAACUUCGUCUCCUCCGCUUUCUUGGGCCAGUUGAUCUUCGGGGAAACCCAGAUAACAUUGUGGUGGGUUGGCAUCUCCUUGACCUUCUCCGGUCUGUUGGUACUGCAGAGGGCCUCGCCACAGGACGGACACCAGAACGCAGUGGCCAAGAGAGACGAAUAAUAUGCCAUGUCUCCAUUAGGUCUGUUCAUCCCGUCUGGCUGGCUGCGGCAUGGUGUGCUUUGGUGUGCAUCUCCACUGAUUCACUGAUCCAUUCAGCCAAAGAGCAGCAAAAUAAGAAAUCAUCAAGCGCAUUCAGCACACUUCAAAUUAACCGUCACUUUCAGAGCAAGGGUGAAGGAGCAAGUAUUAUUGCUUGUUUUAUGAAACAAGCAAUAAUACAGAUAAAACAGAUAAAUUUGCUAUGUUAAAACUACACAAAACGUUUUCCCUCAUAUAGGAAAUGUUCAGUUUAGAAUCAGUGAUCUUCCACCUUGUGAAACAGUGUGGUCCAGGUCUAAAACCAGUGGAGCUGCGGGCCAUUGCACAGCUAAAGCCCGGCUAGUGGAGACAAGGUAAUCAAUUCCCAAAAGCUCUGAAAAUCAUCUUUGUCUACAGGCUUUCAAAUAAACAAAAAAAUUGUUUUAGCUUUAAA